UUUUCUAAAAAUUAUUAUUUCAGAGAGUUCACAUCAUAUUAUAGUUAAUCUACGUUGUUUGAGGAGGCAAGGAGCUCAAUAUUAUUUUCAUAACAUCUGUCUAGAAAGUUUUUGCCCUACAAGCUGCUAGAUUUUAGGGUUAACAAGGCAUGACACUUCUUUUAUAUAUGAUCAUGGUUUGUAAUUCAAGUCCUAGCUAGAACAGCUCGCUCACAACUUUUAAAGGUCUUAAAUUUUUUCAAACUAUAUCUACUGUUAAUCUAUAAAUUAUGUUUCCCGAAAAAGCUAUAAUCAUAAAUGCGGAUACGCGAUCCCAUGUGAUGAAUACCCGAUUAGUUCUCAACCGAUUGGAUAUUACUGAGCAUGAUAUUUUGGAUUUGGAUCUGGAUGUUAUGUGUACCACACCGAAACUCGCUCCGCACAUGAUUCAAACCCGAAAUCCGAGCAAAACUCGAUUUCACACACAUAUUAUAAAUAGACACACACAAAUUAUAAAUAAAUAUAUAGUAAUAUUUUAAAUAAAAGACAAAUAAUACACGUCCGUUUAUUUCACCAUGUCAUUAUUAUUCAAUAUUCAAAUCAUUUCAUUCUCUUAUGUUUUUAGUAAAUUAUUUAGUUCUUAAUAAUAUAAUCAUAAUGAUUUAAUAUCCUAACAAUAUUUCACAUAUCGUCACUCAUAAAACUUGUUCAUUUAUAAUGUUAUGUGUUAUAUAUAUAGUAUUAUUUUUCAAAUUACAAAAAUUAUACUGAAUAUAAUGGGUUUUACUAUAUUAUUUAAAAAAAUUAUAGGGAAAAUAGAUUUUUUUGCCAUUCAACUUAUAGUGUUUUUAGAAACUUGCCACCCAACUAAUUUUUUUUUUCCUUUUACUCACUUAUGUUAGGUUUGGAUCUUUUUUUAGCCACCAACUUAGGUUUUGAUUUGAUUUCUAGCAUUAUGAUACUCUUUGUAGCAUCAUUUAUACAUAGUGAUAGUAUGUAAUAUUUUGAUGAUGUGUCGGAUGUUUAUAUCUUUAUAUAUAAUAAUAAUAAUAUAAAAUGAGCCGUUGAAAAAUUAAAACCAGGAAAAAUCGUAAUUAGAAUUCUAAAAAUUCAAUAAAUCAUGAAUAUGAAAUCAAUGACUUCAAACAAUUCACCCUCCCUGAUAAGAUAAAGUGUAAUUGAGUGAUAUGAUGCAUCAUCUUUCGCUAUUAAAGUUUCAAUCGAUUAGCUCAGUCUAAAAUCUCUCUCAAAUUUAUCUUCAUAAAUUUUAAUAAUUUUAUCUUAUUACAAUUUUCAAGAUAAAUAAAUAGAGAGGUUAACUUAAUUUUCAAUGAUACAGACAUAUACUAAAUCAUCAAAGUAUUAUUACAGACUACCACUGUAUUUUAAUAAUGCUAGACAGAAUUAAUGUAAUGCUAAUAAUCAAAUCCAAACCUAACUUUCAGUGACAAAAAAAAAAACUAACAUUAGUGAGUAAAAAAAAAAAUAGUUGAGUGGUUAAUUUCUAAAGAAGCAAUAAGUUUAGUGACAAAUAAAAUUAUCAUAAUGCUAGUAAUCAAAUCCGAACCUAAGCUGGUGGCUAAAAAAAGAUCCAAACCUAACAUUAGUGAGUAAAAAGAAACAAAAUAUAAUUGGGUGGCAAGUUUCUAAAAACACUAUAAGUUAAGUGACAAAAAAAUCUAUUUUCCCAAAAAUUAUAUAUCUGAAUCUGAAGCGCUAUGGUUUUGAAUUUGGAAUUAAUUUUAAGACCCGAAAAUAUUUGAAUCUAGACUUAGCUAAACCCGACCCGUUAUCGUCCAGUUCAUAAGCAACUACAAUUUCAUGCUUACCUUGGAGUUGUUGGGUUUGUGGAGUCAGAUUCGGAAUAGGAUUUGGUUAGAAAUAUUUGGACUCCUAUUAGAGUUAGAUAUUUCAAAGUUAGACUCCUAUUUUGGUUAGGCCAGUUUCUUCUCUUAUAAAUACUCCCAUGUAAUUGUAAAAUCACAACACAACAAAUUGUGAGAGAUCAAUAAAAUUAGUGUGGCUUGUGGAGUAGGAUUUUCCGAACCACGUAAAAUCUUUAUCUUGUGUGAUUGUCGUUUAUUUUCUUGUCCUUGUUUAUUCGCUUUUGGGUUUUGCUUUCGUUGUUGUAUACUCAACAACUGGUAUCAGAGCCAGGUUUUCAGGCGAGUGGGAGCGAUGGCAGAAGAUGGGAAAAUAAAGAUCGACAAAUUUGAUGGAAGAGAUUUUGGGUUCUGGAAGAUGCAGAUAGAAGAUUAUCUAUAUCAGAAAAAGCUACAUGAACCGCUUGAAGAGAAGAAGCCAGCUUCAAUGGAUGAGACAGCAUGAAAGUUAUUGGACAGGCAGGCUCUGGGUGUUGUCCGAUUGUCUUUGGCGAAGAAUGUUGCUUACAAUAUCGUCAAGGAAACGACAACUAACGGAUUGAUCAAGGCUUUAUCAAACAUGUAUGAGAAGCCGUCUGCGUCAAAUAAGGGGACUGGAGUACUUGAGGGUGUGGCACUAGACAUGAAUAUGACUAACGCAUGUCAGACAGAGUUGCAAACUGUAGCUUUUUCCAUGAUGCGCAAGCUAAGAUUACUUAAACUCAAUAAUGUGCAGCUAAGUGGAGGUUACACGGAUUUCCCCAAAAAGUUGAAAUGGUUAACUUGGCAUAAUUUCAGUUUAAGAGCUUUACCAAAUGGCUUCCCUCUAAGUAGCUUAGUUGCAAUUGAUAUGCAAAGUAGUAAAUUGCAAAGGCUUGUGCAAGGAAACAUGCUUCUUGGAUCAUUGAAAUUUUUAAAUCUGAGCCACUCCCAUGACCUUGUGAAAAGUCCGAACUUUGCAGAAUUUAAUGCUCUAGAGCAAUUGAUCCUCGAAGAUUGUGUGAGUUUAAUCGAGAUUGAUGAAUCUAUUGGAAUGGCUGAAGGACUUGUGUUGUUAGAUAUAAAGGACUGCAAACUACUGAAGAGGCUUCCAAAGAAUAUAUACAAGCUAAAGUGUCUAGAAACACUAAUAAUCUCAGGUUGUUCAAAUAUCAGGAUGCUUGAUGCAGAGAUGAAAAACAUGGAGUCUUUGAAAGAUUUCCAUGCUGAUGGACUUGACUUCGGUAAUUCAAGCUACAGAAAUCAGAAAAGUGAAUCAUGGCUAGAUUUCUUCCAGGGUUUGGUUUCAAAACCAAGAAGAGAUCCUGAACCGUCAUUAACUUCUUUACCUUUCAACUCCAUUACUCUAUUAAGCUUGGCAAAAUUGCAAUCUAAAUAAUAAUUCUUUUCCCAAGGACUACUGUUUGGCACCAUCACUUCAAUAUUUAAUCUUUAGUGGGAACCCAAUCCGCUUCCUACCAGAUUGCUUUAAAGGUCUGGAAAGGCUCAAGGAACUCCACGUAAGGGAAUACAGCCAGCUUCAAGCACUCGAAGAUUUACCUAACAUUCAAAACUUCCUUGUUGCUUUGGAUUGCUCGGUAUUGGAGAAAAUUACGUUUGAUGCGCCAGGUACGGUUUUGAAGGGUUUUGCCAUCCCAAACGGAUGCGGGAAUCUACUUGAGAUGCAAAGCAGAUUUAAGAUUGUACCAAUCGGAGACAUAGAUUCACAAUUUAUUAACAAUUGUGGUAUAUAUGAUGUGGAAGUGAAGAAAAGAAUGCAGGUAAAAUUACACAAUACUUACACAGAAACUGCCACAAGAUGUCCAAUCCAGGGAAUAUUUCAAAAUCAGCCCAGUGGCAGAGCAUUCAGCAUAUUUUACCCUGGGAGCAGUGUUCCAGCGUGGUUCACUAGUCGACAGAAGGCAUCUUCAGUAUCCUUUGUUGUAUCUCAUUCUAAACUCAGAUACUUAA